ACCGCAGUCCCGUCAAGAAGGGUGGAGAGGUUCCGGGCGAUUAGUGGAACAGGCGGAAGGGAGUACCUUGACGAGGCGACAUGAUGCUGUGACGAUGAUUCUGCUGCUGAUGAUGACGCUGGCGAGGGGCCUGACAUGCAGCUUGUUGAUGGCAGGAUGGAAAAGGGAUGCAAGACGAAGUCGAGAACGAAGAAAGAAAGUGAGGCGGGAAGCGGUGUGGAGUCGAGAAGGCGGACUGGCGCCCGAGGGGAGCUACUCCAGCUUGUGGUCGAGCAUGAUGAAGGUCAUUGUAAUUGUACAACAGGAGACGCCCUGAUCCUCAGCAUUAGAGGGAAGCACCGCGACGUACUGCUAGCUUUGCU